AUCUUGAAAGUUUAUCUUUAAUCAGAUUUGAUUUAAUUCUUGAUUAAUUGGCCAGUGGAAGUUGAUUAUUCAUUUAAAAUCUAUUCAAAGCUUAAUUGACAACCUCAUUCUGGAAUUGGGCUGGUUUCUAAUACUCCGGAACAUCAUUCUUGAGUAAUUAUUUACUCUUUUGCCUAACAAACAAUGGGCUCUGUUGCUAAUGUUUUCCAUUUAACGAAAGCAGCUUUUUUGCUUGUUUUUGGGUUUACCGUUCGGAUGCUUUUGAUGUCCAGUUCAUAUCAGAAAAUGAUAGCUGAUAGAGUGGAAAUUUCAACCCCUGUCAAUUCUUGGAAAAGAGUUGUCGAAGGUGUCACACUGAUGAAACAUAACAUAUCACCAUAUGAAGGCGAUACUUUCCAUGAAGUUCCUCUGUUCCUUCAAUUUUACAACUUUUUAAUAGUCAAUUGUGAUCAAUGGAUUCCAGUUAUAUUUACUUUGGUUGAUUUAGUUACCGCCAUCUUUUUGAGUCUAUCCAGUUACCUCCAGUUAAAGACCAUCAGAAAGUGGGAAAAGAUCAAGUUAAAGAAACUAAAGAAAACUGAUUCUGAGGCUUUAGAAAUACCAGAGAAAAUUAUUGGCGACAUAAGUUUCAGAAUCUUCACAAUCUACUUACUUCUUCCUUAUUCAAUCUUACCCUGUGUUGCUAAAUCUACUUCAGUAUUUACAAAUUUUCUCAUGAGUCUAAUUAUGUUGACCGUAAGUUUAGGCUUCAGAAGUGCCGCGUGUUUGUUAGUAGCUUUGGUCGCCUAUCAUUCACUUUACCCGAUCCUGUUGGUUUUCCCUGUUCUUAUGGCUCUUGAAAAGACCAAUUCUAAUGGAAAAUCGUUCUCAUAUUCGUCGAAAGGAACCAUUUUUUCUCUGGCAGCUUGUUUCAUUUCGACUCUUUUACUCAUUUCAAUUUUCGUCAUGGUCUCUGAAUCAAUCGCUGGAUCGUUCGCUUAUUUAUCGUCGUCAUAUUUAUUUCUAUUAUCUGUUCCAGACUUCACACCGAACAUCGGUCUUUUUUGGUACUUUUUUACCGAAAUGUUUGACCAAUUUCGUGAUUUCUUUUUGUGGACAUUCCAAAUAAACACUUUCGUCUAUUCUAUUCCUUUAUCUUUAACUCUAAAAGAAAAUCCAAACUUCUUUUUCCUUGUCACAUUGAUUCUUCUAUCUCUCUUCAAACCUUAUCCAUCGAUAAGUGAUCUAUCAAUCUAUUUGGCUUUACUACCUCAAUGGACUCACCUUUUCACCUAUAUGAAACAAGGACUACUUGUUGCCUGUGUCUUCAUUUCUUGUACUGUUCUUGCUCCUCUUAUGUGGCAAAUGUGGAUAAUUUUAGGAACAGCAAAUUCUAAUUUUUAUUUCGGAGUAACAUUGGCUUAUAACGUUGGUCAAAUAUUCUUAAUCACUGACUUAUUGUUUGCCUAUUUGAAACGUGAUUUUUAUCUGUCAAACGGGAUCAAACUUGACGAGCAAAAAAAACCAUUGAAACUUGAAUUGUCCGCUGAAUGAAUUAAAUAAUUUCUCUUUGUUCGUAUCUCUGUACACUGGAAGACAUUUUAUCAACAACUUGCAGUUAUUUUGAAAUUGAUGGGCUUAUAGGGUGUAUGAUUAUUUCACGUUGACCAUGAACAGUGAACCGACAUUUUCCAUGCUUAUCUUGAGAUAAAAUUCAUAAGUUUUAAGCAUUUGAAUAAUCAUAACUGAAAUUUAUGUUUCCAAAUGAUCUCAAGUCCUGAUUACUUCAAUUUCAACACGAUCAAGGCUCUUGUUUUAUCUACUUUUCCAAUCAAAUGGAUCAAUAUUUUCACGUUCUUCAAAAUUUCAUGAGUCUCAUUGAUAAAAGCGUAAUAAAGGGCAGCAAUUUCAUUCUGA